AAAAUUAAACUCCUCAGAAGGGCACACUAUUUGACGCUCGAGGGCGACCGCGGCAUUUUUGCGACGCUCCCUGGACGGGGAGGAAGGAGCGACGCUGCACCUCCGCCGCAGCCGCAUUACGUGCCCGAGAGACUGGGGCCGGCUGCUGGAUCGGGCGCAGUUUCGGCCUCCUCGCAUUUAUCCAAUCCUCGGUCUCGCUGAAGGAUACCGACGGGAAGGUCGCGGCAAGCUCCAAGCCGGAGGAGAAGUCCCGGGGUUGGUCUGGGCUCCGAGAGCCGUGACUUUCUUAUCCACCAGUCCUUUUAACUCCAGAAGAACAGUGGGGAAUAUAAUUACAUAUUGAGGCGGCCUCAGUAUGGCCGAUGUGGAUCCCGAUACGUUGUUGGAAUGGCUGCAGAUGGGCCAGGGAGACGAGAGGGACAUGCAGCUGAUAGCAUUGGAACAGCUGUGUAUGCUCCUUCUUAUGUCCGAUAACGUGGACCGUUGUUUUGAAACGUGCCCACCUCGUACUUUCCUACCAGCUCUAUGCAAAAUUUUUCUGGAUGAAAGUGCUCCUGAUAAUGUAUUGGAAGUGACAGCCCGUGCCAUUACAUACUACUUGGAUGUGUCUGCUGAGUGCACAAGAAGGAUUGUUGGAGUGGAUGGAGCAAUUAAAGCACUUUGUAAUCGUUUGGUUGUAGUUGAGCUCAAUAAUAGAACUAGUAGAGAUCUAGCUGAACAAUGUGUGAAGGUACUUGAACUUAUCUGUACUCGAGAAUCAGGAGCAGUAUUUGAAGCAGGAGGCUUAAAUUGUGUGUUAACCUUUAUCCGGGAUAGUGGUCAUCUUGUGCAUAAAGACACAUUACAUUCUGCAAUGGCGGUAGUUUCCAGACUUUGUGGGAAAAUGGAGCCUCAGGAUUCAUCACUUGAAACUUGUGUGGAGUCUUUGUCCAGUUUAUUGAAACAUGAAGAUCCACAGGUAUCAGAUGGAGCUCUGCGUUGUUUUGCUUCAUUGGCGGAUCGAUUCACUCGUCGUGGAGUUGAUCCAGCUCCUUUAGCAAAACAUGGAUUGACUGAAGAGCUGCUUUCACGUAUGGCAGCAGCAGGUGGUUUAGUAGCAGGAGGGUCUUCAUCUGCUUGCAAGCCUGGCCGUACUUCCACAGGAGCGACUCCCAAUGCUGCUGAUUCUAAACUUAGUAACCAAGUAUCAACAAUUGUUAGUCUACUUUCAACACUUUGCAGAGGCUCUCCUGUUGUGACACAUGAUUUAUUAAGAUCUGCGCUACCUGACUCGAUAGAAAGUGCACUACAGGGUGAUGAAAGAUGUGUGCUUGACACUAUGCGAUUGGUGGAUCUACUUCUGGUAUUACUUUUUGAAGGACGUAAAGCUUUGCCAAAGUCUAGUGCUGGUUCCACGGGGAGGAUCCCUGGCCUAAGGAGGCUGGAUAGUUCUGGAGAGCGUUCUCAUCGUCAGCUUAUUGAUUGCAUUCGUAGUAAAGACACCGAUGCACUAAUAGAUGCCAUUGAUACUGGAGCUUUUGAAGUGAACUUCAUGGAUGACGUGGGCCAAACCCUUUUGAAUUGGGCUUCAGCGUUUGGAACUCAGGAAAUGGUGGAAUUUCUGUGUGAGAGAGGUGCGGAUGUCAACAGGGGUCAGAGAUCCUCAUCUUUGCAUUAUGCAGCUUGUUUUGGAAGGCCACAAGUUGCAAAGACUCUGUUACGGCAUGGAGCAAAUCCGGAUCUCCGUGAUGAAGAUGGUAAAACCCCUCUGGAUAAAGCAAGAGAGAGAGGUCACAGUGAGGUUGUGGCCAUAUUACAGUCUCCAGGAGACUGGAUGUGUCCUGUAAAUAAAGGGGAGGAUAAGAAGAAGAAAGAUGCCAACAGAGAAGAUGAAGAUGGAAAUGAACCAAAAGGAGAUCCUGAAAUGGCCCCACUAUACUUGAAGAGAUUGUUGCCGGUUUUUGCACAGACAUUUCAGCAAACUAUGCUACCAUCCAUCAGGAAAGCAAGUCUCGCUCUUGUUCGAAAGAUGGUACAUUAUUGUUCUGAGGCACUUCUGAAGGAAGUGUGUGAUUCAGAUGCUGGCCACAACUUGCCAACAGUGCUGGUGGAAAUUACAGCCACAGUCCUGGAUCAAGAGGAUGAUGAUGAUGGCCAUUUAUUAGCUCUGCAAAUCAUUAGAGAUCUCGUAGACAAAGGAGGUGACCUAUUUCUGGAUCAACUUGCGAGACUUGGGGUAAUCAAUAAAGUGUCCACUUUGGCAGGACCAUCUUCAGAUGAUGAAAAUGAAGAGGAUUGCAAGCCUGAUAAGGAUGAUGAGCCUCAAGAAGAUGCUAAAGAAAUUCAGCAGGGCAGGCCAUACCAUUGGAGGGAUUGGUCUGUCAUCCGUGGAAGAGAUUGCUUAUACAUCUGGAGUGAUGCAGCAGCCUUGGAGUUGUCAAAUGGGAGUAAUGGAUGGUUUCGAUUCAUCUUGGAUGGGAAAUUAGCUACUAUGUAUUCUAGUGGAAGCCCAGAAGGUGGUUCUGACAGCUCAGAAAGCAGAAGUGAGUUCUUGGAAAAGUUGCAACGAGCUCGAAGUCAAGUCAAACCAGCUACCAGUAGCCAACCCAUUCUCACUGCACCAGGACCAACAAAGCUUACAGUAGGCAACUGGUCUCUGACUUGUUUGAAAGAAGGAGAAAUUGCAAUACACAAUUCUGAUGGUCAGCAGGCCACUAUAUUGAAAGAGGAUCUGCCUGGAUUUGUGUUUGAGUCAAAUCGGGGGACAAAGCAUUCAUUUACUGCAGAGACUUCACUUGGAUCAGAAUUUGUUGCUGGCUGGACUGGCAAAAGAGGAAGAAAGUUGAGAUCAAAGCUGGAGAAAACUAAACAAAAGGUGCGAACCAUGGCCAGAGACUUGUAUGAUGAUCAUUUUAAGGCUGUAGAAAGUAUGCCUCGAGGAGUGGUGGUCACACUGCGAAACAUUGCCACACAGCUUGAGUCUGCUUGGGAGCUCCAUGCAAACAGACAGGGUGUGGAUGGGGAGGCUACAUGGAGAGAUUUGAUGAAAACAGCUUUGGAGAACUUGAUUGUACUACUAAAGGAUGAAAACACAAUUUCACCCUAUGAGAUGUGCAGCAGUGGUCUGGUGCAAGCACUUCUUACUGUCCUCAAUAACAACGUGGACUUGGAAGUGAAACAAGAUUGUAGUCAACUAAUUGAACGAAUAAAUGUCUUCAAAACUGCAUUCAGUGAAAAUGAAGAUGAGGAAAGUCGGCCAGCUGUUGCCCUUGUUCGAAAGCUGAUAGCAGUGUUGGAAUCAAUUGAGAGGCUUCCUCUUCAUCUGUAUGAUACCCCUGGCUCUUCAUAUAACUUGCAGACUGUUUUUCCUCCUUUCAAGAUACUUACAAGAAGGCUGAGGUUUAGGUUAGAACGAGCUCCCGGGGAGACAUCUUUGAUAGACAGAACUGGAAGAAUGCUCAAAAUGGAACCUUUGGCCACAGUUGAAUCCUUAGAGCAGUAUCUUCUUAAAAUGGUGGCUAAACAGUGGUAUGACUUUGACAGAUCAACUUUUGUAUUUGUGCGUAAAUUGCGUGAAGGACAAACAUUCAUCUUCCGACAUCAACAUAAUUUUGAUGAAAAUGGGAUAAUAUACUGGAUUGGGACAAAUGCAAAAACAGCAUAUGAGUGGGUGAAUCCUGCGGCUUAUGGUUUGGUGGUUGUGACAUCUUCAGAGGGUAGGAAUUUGCCAUAUGGACGAUUGGAAGACAUUUUGAGUCGUGACAGCUCAGCUCUUAAUUGCCACACAAAUGAUGAUAAGAACGCUUGGUUUGCCAUUGACCUUGGUCUGUGGGUGAUUCCUUCAGCCUACACUUUGCGACAUGCACGUGGUUAUGGUCGGUCUGCUCUGAGGAACUGGGUUUUUCAAGUGUCCAAAGAUGGACAAAACUGGACAACCCUAUACACCCAUGUGGAUGACUGCAGUUUGAAUGAGCCAGGAUCCACAGCAACGUGGCCUCUCGAUCUUCCAAAGGAUGAGAAGCAGGGUUGGCGACAUAUUCGGAUAAAGCAAAUGGGUAAAAAUGCAAGUGGACAGACACACUACCUUUCCCUGUCUGGUUUUGAAUUAUAUGGGACAGUGUCCGGUGUUUGUGAAGACCAACUUGGUAAAGCAGCUAAGGAAGCAGAAGCCAACCUAAGGAGGCAGAGGCGCCUGGUGCGUUCUCAGGUUCUGAAGUAUAUGGUCCCAGGUGCACGUGUCGUUAGAGGCAUUGAUUGGAAAUGGCGAGAUCAGGAUGGCAAUCCACCAGGCGAGGGCACUAUCACAGGAGAACUACAUAAUGGCUGGAUUGAUGUCACCUGGGAUGCUGGUGGCUCUAACUCUUACCGUAUGGGCGCAGAAGGAAAGUUUGACCUCAAGCUUGCACCAGGGUACGACCCUGAUUCAGCGCCAUCACCCAAACCUGUUUCAUCCACUGUUUCAGGCACAGCGCAGGCAUGGAGCAGCUUGGUGAAAAACAACUGCCCAGACAAGACGGCGGCCACUGCACCGGGCUCCUCCAGUCGAAAAGGAAGCAGCAGUUCUGUAUGUAGCGUGGCUAGUAGCAGCGAUAUAAGCUUGAGUUCAUCUAAAAUGGAUCGCAGAUCUGAAAGCGUGUUGGAACAGACUACUGCUACUGGUACAGACAGUCAUGAACCCAUUGUUGUCCUUUCUGCUUCUGAUAUUUUGCCACAAGGAGGAGCAGGAUCGACAUCUAGUGCCAGUACCAGCACCUUAACUGCAGACACAGCAAGUGAAAAUGCAGACAGGAAGCCUGGUCCAGAGGCUUCAAUACGUAAUUCUGGAGAAUCGGGGGCAAUAUCAAUGGGUAUUGUUAGUGUGAGCUCUCCUGACGUGAGUUCAGUAGCUGAGUCGUCAAACAAGGAAGCUGCAUCGCAACGACCUCUGAGCUCUUCAGCAAGUAACAGACUUUCAGUAAGCUCCCUAUUGGCUGCUGGUGCGCCCAUGAGUUCAAGUGCCAGUGUACCCAAUCUGUCCUCAAGGGAAGCCUCCAGUCUUAUGGAAUCCUUUGUACGACGAGUUGCAAAUAUUGCACGCACCAAUGCCACCAACAACAUGAAUUUAAGCCGCAGUAGCAGUGAUAAUAACACUAAUACCUUGGGACGAAAUGUAAUGAGUACUGCAACAUCUCCUCUCAUGGGUGCCCAGAGUUUCCCAAAUCUUACAACUACUGGUACCACAUCAACUGUCACCAUGUCUACUUCCAGUGUCACCAGCAGUAACAAUGUAGCCACUGCAACCACAGGUUUAUCUGUUGGUCAAUCACUCAGUAAUACCUUGACAACCAGCCUGACAUCAACUUCCAGUGAAAGUGAUACUGGUCAAGAAGCAGAAUUUUCUUUAUAUGAUUUUCUGGACAGCUGUCGUGCUAGUACUUUAUUGGCAGAACUUGAAGAUGAUGAAGAUUUGCCUGAACCAGAUGAGGAAGAUGAUGAAAAUGAAGAUGACAAUCAAGAAGAUCAAGAAUAUGAAGAAGUAAUGGAAGAAGAGGAAUAUGAAACGAAAGGAGGACGUCGUAGAACGUGGGAUGAUGAUUUCGUUCUGAAAAGGCAGUUCUCUGCCUUAGUACCUGCUUUUGAUCCACGCCCUGGUCGCACAAAUGUUCAGCAAACAACUGACCUGGAGAUACCACCCCCAGGAACACCUCGAUCAGAGCUGCUGGAGGAAGUGGAAUGUGCUCCUUCGCCAAGAUUGGCGCUGACUCUUAAGGUAGCAGGGUUGGGAACAUCUCGUGAAGUGGAGUUGCCACUCUCAAACUACAGAGCAACCAUUUUCUAUUAUGUGCAGAAACUCUUGCAGCUUUCCUGCAACGGAAAUAUAAAAUCUGAUAAACUUAGGCGCAUUUGGGAACCAACAUACACGAUUAUGUACAGAGAGAUGAAAGAUUCUGAUAAAGAGAGGGGAGAAAAUGGAAAAAUGGGCUGCUGGUCUGUAGAGCAUGUGGAACAAUACCUUGGCACUGAUGAAUUACCAAAGAAUGACUUGAUAACCUACCUGCAGAAGAAUGCAGACUCAGCUUUCCUGCGGCACUGGAAAUUAACCGGCACUAAUAAAAGCAUUAGGAAAAACAGAAAUUGUUCUCAGCUCAUAGCUGCAUACAAGGAGUUCUGUGAGCAUGGAACAAAAUCGUCUGGACUAAGCCAUGGGUCCAUAUCAUCUUUGCAUAGUUGUGAGAUUCUUAGUGGAACACGAGAACAGCCGCAAGCAAAGGCUGGGAGUGGACAGAAUGCUUGUGGCGUGGAAGAUGUUUUGCAAUUACUUCGAAUUCUCUAUAUUGUUGCUAGUGAUCCAUACUCAACGUGGAGAAGCCAGGAAGAUGUUGAUGGUCAACUUGAGUUCAAUGUUUCACCAGAGGAAUUCACAAGCAAAAAAGUCACCACAAAAAUCUUGCAGCAAAUUGAGGAACCUUUGGCUUUGGCUAGUAGUGCAUUGCCAGACUGGUGUGAGCAGCUGACCAGCAAGUGCCCAUUCUUAAUCCCUUUUGAAACUAGACAACUGUACUUUACCUGCACAGCAUUUGGUGCAUCAAGAGCAAUAGUUUGGCUGCAGAAUAGACGUGAGGCCACCAUGGAACGAACCCGAACAACCACAGCAGUGAGACGUGAUGAUCCAGGCGAAUUUAGAGUUGGAAGAUUAAAACAUGAGCGGGUUAAGGUUCCUCGGGGUGAUACAUUAAUGGAAUGGGCAGAGAAUGUCAUGCAGAUUCAUGCUGACAGGAAAUCUGUUCUAGAGGUUGAAUUUUUAGGUGAAGAAGGGACGGGUCUUGGUCCCACUUUAGAGUUUUAUGCACUCGUAGCUGCAGAGUUUCAAAAGAAAGAACUCGGAAUUUGGUUGUGCGAUGAUGAUUUUCCUGAUGAUGAGUCCCGACAGGUCGAUUUGGGAGGUGGACUUAAGCCGCCAGGAUAUUAUGUACAGCGAUCUUGUGGACUUUUUUCUGCAGCAUUCCCACAGGAUAGUGAAGAAAUGGACAGAAUAACCAAACUUUUCCAUUUCCUUGGAAUUUUCUUAGCCAAGUGUGUUCAGGACAACAGAUUGGUGGACAUUCCAAUUUCUAAGCCUUUCUUUAAACUCAUGUGUAUGGGAGACAUCAAAAGCAAUAUGAGUAAACUAUUACAUGAAUAUGGGGCCCGGGUAGAUGGUGACUUGCAUUAUACCGAAAGCCAAUCUGAAGCUUCAACCGAGGAAGGUCAUGAUUCCAUAUCUGUUGGAAGCUUUGAUGAGGACUCCAAAUCAGAAUUUAUUCUUGAUCCUCCUAAACCCAAACCCCCUGGUUGGUUCCAUGGAAUUUUGACUUGGGAGGAUUUUGAAUUAGUAAAUCCACACAGAGCUAGGUUCUUGAAAGAAAUAAAAGAACUUUCUGUGAAAAGGCGGCAAAUACUAAGCAACAGAGCUCUUUCAGAAGAUGAAAAAAACACUCAGCUCCAAGAGCUUACUUUGAAGAAUCGGUCAGGAUCAGGACCACCACUUGGCAUAGAAGAUUUGGGGCUGAACUUCCAGUUUUGUCCUUCAUCCAAAGUACAUGGGUUUACAGCUGUUGAUCUAAAGCCGAAUGGUGAUGAUGAGAUGGUAACAAUAGACAAUGCCGAAGAGUAUGUUGAAUUGAUGUUUGACUUCUGUAUGCAUACUGGAAUACAAAAGCAGAUGGAUGCUUUCAGAGAUGGGUUCAACCGUGUCUUUCCUAUGGAAAAGCUGAGUUCUUUCAGCCAUGAAGAAGUUCAAAUGAUCCUUUGUGGAAACCAGUCACCUUCUUGGACUGCAGAGGACAUAAUUAACUAUACUGAACCCAAAUUGGGUUACACCCGUGAUAGUCCGGGAUUUAUCCGAUUUGUGAGGGUGCUUUGUGGGAUGUCAUCUGAUGAAAGGAAAGCAUUUUUGCAAUUUACCACAGGAUGUUCCACACUCCCACCGGGUGGACUUGCCAAUCUUCACCCACGGCUCACUAUUGUACGCAAGGUUGAUGCAACAGAUGCAAGUUAUCCGUCAGUGAACACAUGUGUGCACUACCUUAAAUUGCCCGAAUAUUCCUCUGAAGAAAUCAUGAGAGAACGUUUGCUAGCUGCUACAAUGGAAAAAGGAUUUCAUCUCAAUUGAGCUGAUCAUUGGUGGAUAGUGAACAGACACUAAAUCUGAAACUUAAAAAAGCCUCUUGUGUUUGUGUGGAAAAAAAAUGUUGACCUCCAGCUGUGCUCUUGAUACAGCUUGCCUUUUUGAGGCUUUAGAGAAAAAAACAUAAUGAGUAACUGUUAGCUGCUAAUGUUUUGGCAGGAACAAAAUUCUCCUGUUAAUAAUUACAAAGCCAGCAAAUAAAAAUGGCACAGAGCACUGUGUGCUGCUUCAAGGGCUUAAGAGGCUGAAAGUGGAACAGUUCCUCAAUGUUCCCAAGGGCAGUUUUUUGUCAUGUUUUCAGUGUUUAAUUUUUGACAAUGCAUUGUGUCAUAUUUUGUUUCAAUACUCACAGCAAUUGGUACCUGGGUUCACUAAGAAUGCCACAUUUUGAUCUCUUGCUGGCCUAAUGCUAAUGGUCAAGAAACUGCUUGAGUAGAAUUGUAAUGUAGAGAGUGAAUGGGCACUUCUCCCAAAAUAUUUCUUGUUUACUAGUGCCUGCACUGUUUAUUGGAGUAUUAAAGUUUUACUUGCCCUCAGUUUUGUAAUACAAUCAUGAAUAAGCUUAUUUUUUUCCCCUGUUUCUUUGGUGUAUGUUUUCAUUCUUGAAUGCCCUGCUCUGAAGAUCAAAUCCUUGAAUGCAUUUGUGCAAUUUUACAGUAAAGCUAGAAACACUGGUUCUAGGUGCAAGGCACACUUUAAAAGCAAGCUAAGCUUUUCUCUGUAUUUCUUUGUAUAUUAUAAACAUUUAUUUAACUCGAGUUGCAGUUUCAAGUUAUACAAACUAUUUUCAAAUGUGUAUGCUCAAAUAAUCAUUAAAAUGUUUGC